GUAAAUGGUCCUGUAAUUUUACGCGUGCAAAAAAAUAAGUAAUGCAUAUUUUAUAUGUUUAAAAAAAACAUCUUGUUUCUCAAAAUGCACGCUUUGAUAACAUUAAGCUCAAACCCUUAUUAUAAGAACCCUGCAUCCAUCUAGUAUCAAACACUUUCUAAGUAAAAAUCUCCCACCUUUUCUAUAAAUUUCUAUAAAUUGCACAUAUAACGUAAUUCGUUAGUUAUAUUUUUGUGAGGAUGCACAUGAUCACUCUCACACAAAUACGAUUAAACCUGGAAGGUUUCCUAAACCAGUACCCACUGCAUCUAACUGAUUGCGGUGAAUCAGUGCUACGCGCUGUUGCGUGGCACUGAAUGGGAGGGGUCACCAUCUACAGAACACAAACAGACAUAAGAGUGAACUUCCCACCUCUUCCUAACUUCAAGAAUCAGCUAAUGGCACUUGGCGGAAGUGUGAGCUGAGACCUGAAAGCCAUACAGUCCACAAUCUCAUGCAGGUUUUCUACCAGGAGACGUCAAUAGCACAAAAGUCUCCUUAGAAGCGACUUGAGGUUCAUCUUCGCGCGUUUAUUUUACGCACGGCUGCGCAGAAAUUGCGAUCACGGGUAUUUUUGCAGCGCGCUCUCUCGGGCCUCUACAGCCUCGCCAUUGACUCGAGCCCGACUCUGCGCACGCGAUGCUCGCCAGCCCGGUAACCUCGACGCCUUUCUCGGUUAAGGAUAUCUUAAAACUGGAACAGCAGCAUGUUUUUAAUCAGCAGGGGUUUUCGAGCCCUGACCCGGACGCGGCUCCGCUGCAGUCUUUGCAGUUUCAGUGCAUGCACAGUGCACUCAGCCGGAGUCUGGAGCUGCUCUAUAGCCCGGACAAACCCCCCUUCAGUCCCGGGGAGCAGAUGAAAUGCGCCCUCAGCACAGACGACUUCGGCUCCUGUGGGUCUCCGACAGAAGAAGAGAGAGAUCAUCAAAGCUCUAAUUCAGGUGCAUGCGAAUUAGAGGACUCGAGCGCUGACGGCAAACCGGAAGAAGCGCCAGGAGACAGGCCAAAGCCGCGCUCUCGCCGGAAACCUCGCGUGCUCUUCUCCCAGACUCAGGUGUUCGAGCUGGAGCGGCGUUUCAAGCAGCAGCGCUACCUGUCCGCGCCGGAGAGAGAGCAGCUGGCCGCCGUGCUCAAGCUCACAUCCACACAGGUCAAGAUCUGGUUUCAGAACAGGAGGUACAAGUGCAAGCGGCAGCGGCAGGACAAGAGCUUGGAGCUGGCCGGUCACCCGCUGCCUCCGCGCAGAGUAGCCGUCCCGGUGCUCGUGCGUGACGGUAAGCCGUGUCUCGGCGGAAGCCACGGGGCGCCUUAUAACGUCGCAGUGGGCUCGUAUCCGUACAACAACUACUACAACAGUUAUGGAAAUAACCCUUACGCCUGUAACUUUACCGGGAUGCCAUCGUUCACCAACAGCACGCAAAUCCCUAAUCACUUAGUAGACAUGAAUCUCAGCAUGGGGACUGCUGAUGGAGCUCUGGGCCAGCAAGGACCGUUUCAGACCACUUUAACCGGAAUCCGAGCGUGGUGAAGAGACUGUGGGAGAAAAAAUGACAAUGACAAAUGAUAAGACUGAUCUGGGCGAGAUUCCCCCCCAAAAAAUGCUUUGUACAUAUCACAAUAUAUCGUGUAUCACAAUGACACCGUCUUUCCAAUAAGACAUAAAUGAAUACUAUAAAGCCUCAGUAAUGGUCAGUUCAGCAUCGUAUGACCAGUUAACCCUGUGUGUGUUCAUUUUAAUACCGGGACUGGGUUUUCUGUGACACUAACUCUAAGAUGAUUUCAUCAUGACCAUGUUUUGGUUUUGUAUUUUGCAAAAAAAAAAAU